AUGACGUCAAUCGAAAUAACGUCUUCUUUACUGAUUGUUGCAGAUCAGCAAAUGAUUGAUCUGUCAGGUGAUCCAGAACAACCAAAACAAGUUGGGCAGAAGUUGCCGGAACAAUUUCAACAGCAACAACAACAACCACAGCUUCAACCACAGCAACUUCUUCAACAGUCUCAACAAGAAUCGCGACCGAAACAGAUUCAAUCCCAGCAUCUACCACAAAAACCUCAACAAAUUCAGCCACUCCAACAGUUACAACAACAAUCUCAACAACAGCAGCUUCAACAACCACAACAACAUUAUCAAAUACUCGAACAAUUACAGCAACCACCAGAGAAGCAGCUACAACAACAACUACAACAAUUGAGCCACGACAAACACAACAAAAUAAACGAACAUGACUCAUUACAGCAGCGCAUACAGCAACAGUUCCAAGCACAGUUAGACAAAAUCUUACUGAGUCCCAAAACACGUCGCAGACACUCUGGCAGACGGUUGCGCAACAAACUCAAAAAACAAAAACAACAACAGCUAAACGCCAAACUGCAGCAACAAUUGUUUCAACAGCAACUAUUACAGCAACGGCUGCAUCAACAGAGACUCAUCGAGCAGCAAAAACAGUUCUUGCAACAACAACGCCAACAACAACAGUUGCAGCAACAACCAGUUCUCGAUUCUCAAGCGAAAAUGAACAAAACAAAAGAAGUGUUGUUCGUUCAGAAAUGGUUUAUGGAUAAGUUAAAAAAUUCCAUGCUAUCAUCAUCAUCAUCUUCAUCUUCUUCAUCCUCAUCAUCAUCAUCAAAAGAAGCCAUCAAAACAACAACAUCAACAAAAACAUCGAUUUCUAAUACCAAUAACGACAACAACAACAACAACAACAACAUCAACAACAACAUCAACAACAACAUCAACAACAACAACAUCAACAACAACAUCAGCAACGACGACAAUUAUGCUGACGCUGGUAACAGAUACAAUAAAAUCAUCCGAGAAUACAGCAGCAGCAGCAACAACAACAACGACAACAACGACAACAACGAUGAAGACAAUUAUGAAAUUACUAGUGAUAAUAAGGACGAGAAUGAGAUACACGGCAAAGACGAUGACGACGAUGAUAGCGAAUUAAUUCAAAAUGAUAUCAUGCUAUCUAAUGAUAUCAUCACUCAAAAGAAUAAACAGAAUGACGAUGAUGACGACGACGUCGACGAUGGUGGCGGUGGUGGGGAUGAUAGUAGUAACACUGACGUCAGCGAUGGUGGUGGUGGUGGUGGUGGUGGUGGUGGUGACGAUGAAACCGGUGAUUCUAAAGAUGAAAGUGGAUACAUUAGCAAUAAAAAUGACCUUGAACUUUAUUACAACAACGACAUUAAUAAUGACAUCAAUCAAAUUGUUGACAACAGCAACAACAACAUUGGUGAUGGCACAAUGGGUUACAAUACGUUCCGCUUGGAUGACAUUAGCAAGCUUCCGGGAAAUGUUUCUUUAUUAUCAAUGAUUGACGUUCCUUUCGACGGGAUUGAUGAUAAUAAUUCAUCCUCAACCAAAAUCAACAACAACAAUAACAACAACAUCAUUAUUAGUAGUAGCAGCAACAACCAAGGUAUCAGCAACACUAACAACAAUCAAGACAUCAACAGUGACGUAAAUAACAUCGAUGACGACAAUGACAUCAACAACUACAACAACAACAACAACAACAACAACAACAACAACAAUAGCAGCAACAACAACAGCAAUAACCACUCCAAUAUAAAUGUUAACAGCGCCAACAACAGCAACAACAACAACUCCAAAACAUACAACAACAUCAACAGCAUCAAGAGUUUGACCAUAUUGAAAGAUAACAUCAAGAUAGAGCCCUACCCGAGUGGCCAGUUGGAAAAGUGUGACAACAAGUUGUGCAGUGCCAGAGGUUCGUGCUACCAAGACAGGUCAAAAAUUGACGGCGAUGAAGAUGUCUUCUGCUUGUGUUUCAUUGGAUACUACGGACGGUUCUGUCAGUUUGCAAACCCGUCUUUAGUCCAACAGCCCUCUUCGGCUCAGCAACAACCGCAAGAUUCACAACUGCAACAACAACAACAACAACAACAACAACAACCACAACAACAACAACCACAGCAACAACAAAAGCAACCACAAUCUUUUUUUGUUAAGGAUCAACAAACUCAUUUCAUCAGUCGACCACAACAACCGCAGCAGCAACAACAACCACAACAACAACCACAGCAACAACAACCACAGCAACCACAACAACAAAAUCAACCACAAUCAUUUUUUGUUGAGGAUCAACAAACUCAUGCCAUCAGUCGACCACAACAACCGCAGCAGCAACAACAACAACAACAACAACAACCACAGCAACAACAACCACAGCAACAACAACAACAAACGGCUGCUGUAUACAUCGACUACAUCAGCGACCAGAACAUAUCGCAGCCACUACCACCACCACCAGCGCAAGUACCACCACCACCACCAUUACUGCCAGCCCAACAACAACUGCCACCUCCACCCAAACUUGCCAGAUCGUCUGCCGAGGACCCCAACAGUCACGUGAUCUAUUUAUCCGACAAUGACGUCAUCGAAAAAGAUUCGCUGUUCUUUGGAGAUGAUGCGACGAGUGGCGAGAUCGGGAACUUGGAGAGAGAUGACGACGACGAUUAUUACGAGAGUUUUGAAGAGAAGGAAAAGGAGAUGCUGAUAAAUUGUGAGGGCAUGUUUGACUUGUACUACAUGAGGUCUAUGCCGACGAGAACUGUUCUCAUUGUUAGCAUCUCUGCCUUCGUAAUUCUUCUAAUAUUCUGCCUCAUGCUGGUCGCUCUUGUCUCUGGAGACAGACGAGUCCUUCUCGAACGAUAUGAGGUACUGGUGAGAUUGGGUUACGACGUUAACCCGCCAGACGACGGCUUCUUUAGGUUGCUUGGCAGACGACUCAUGUUCCUCUGCUGCUGCGCCUGCUACUGCUGCCCCUGGAUCGACUGCUGCUACUGUCUCCAAUCUAUUGAAGAUAGCGACAGGGAGAUUCAAAUUGCUAUGGCUAGGAAUAAAUCACAGAACUCAAGCAUAACAAAGCAUGACGAACGGCAACAACAGCAACCACAACAGCAGCAGCAGCAACAACAACAACAACAAUUAUCGGCGUCAAACAUAUCGAGAACGAUAACAUGGGCACCGACAACCUUUGGCAGUCCACCCAGAAAAUUAGAUUGCUAA